GCGGGCACAGAUGUUCCCGCCGAUUCGGCUGGAGCAGAGGCAUUGGAUGAGGCUGUUGAUAUGGAGGUGACAGCAGAUCGCCACGCUCAUGGAGAGUCGGAUGAAGACGAGACGCAAAUGCCAACUUUGUCGCUGGACUGCUUCUACACGAACCAGGACGUGGACGAGGCGGCACGGCCGGGUGCUUCCUCUGAGAGGACGGCAUGCAAUGAGGCUGGUGCCAAAGCUGGCCAACUCCUCCUGAAUUUGGUGAAAAAGGAGGAGAAGCCAAUCCAGGGUGCCGGCGCAGCAUUGCUGCAGCAACUGAAGGGCAGAGGAAAGAAGCCUGAAGUUCGCAGCGAUGACGGCGCCGGAAUUGCGCUACUCCAACUAUUGAAGAAUGGAGAGAAGAGCUGGACCCAAGGAACUGGAGCCGGCUGGUCAUGGCGCAAAGCAGGCAAAUCCAUUGCCUAUGAGGGCGUCAGGGCCCCCAGCAUUUUCAGCCAACUGCAUGGCUGCCACGCGUCGCGUCUUGAGGAUUGGGACGACUGGGGCCAGGGCAAGGAUUGGUGGGGCUACGGCCAGGACACGGAUAGGAGUGGUGGCACAAUGAGGCCCAGUGGUGGGCUCCAAGUGCCCCGCAGUGGGCCAGGAGGGGAAGCUCAAGAGGAGCAACUGGUGUUGCAGGAUCGGGUUCCUGCCGAUAGUGAGAUGGCUGCAGGCGAAGCAGUUGGAGAGCCGUUGAUCGUUGAAGUUGAAGAUCUGCAUGCUGAGGCUACGGGCCAAUCCUCAGGGUCAGUGGGCCCGCCGGUUCCGGACGUUUCGUCUGGAGCACCGGCUGGUUCCUCUGGAUCCGCAGGGGAGCCAGGACCAGAAGAGUCCAACCAAGAGAUGCUUCAUCUUUGCUCACUCCUGAAGGAUGUGGUGGCAGAGGGCAAAGUUGCGGAAAUAUUUUCACCUCCCAGGGUUGCCGCAAAAGCGCAGCUUGUGGGAUUAGCCCCGGGUUUCUCAAUAGACCUGGAAACACAAAGAGGAGACAGAAAACACUGGGAUCUUAGCAAAGAUUCACACAUCAAUGACUUGAUGCAGCUGAUCGACUACGAAAAGCCCGAGUUCACCGGAGGAUCACCACGUUGUGGUCCAUUCUCGAAGCUGCAGGCCCUGGUGAAUGCAAGGGCCAAUGUGGAUUCCGAGACGAGAGAAGAACGCUUGAUGGCUGGAAAGAAACAUCUGAGAACAGCAGUGUCAGUUUACAAGAAGCAGAUGAAUGAAGGACGCUACUUUUAUCAUGAACACCCAGAUGGUGCUGCGUCAUGGGAAGAGAAGGCAGUCAAGGACCUACGGACCUAUGUGUCGAUGGGGCCUUGCCGGGUCAGAUGCAUCGGGUCCAGGCUUGAUCAAGAAGCAAACCAGAUGGUUGACAAACUCACCGAUCUUGGCGUCGGUAUUGAAGGGCUGUUGCUCGAACGCGGAAGGGAAGAUACCACUCCAGUGAUCAACGAAGAAGACGAAUAUUGGAGUAAACUGCUGCGCACUGAUGAGUAUAUCUCUGAACCUGUGAUCGACUCCAACACCGGCAUGGUCUUGGACACCGACAUGGUCCGAGAAGUGCGACAGGAGAUCAAACGUGCAUCAAAUGCCGACUUCAUUCCGGAGUACGCAUCUUUCAGCGCUAUGCCUCCGAUGGAGUCGCUGAAGCAGCGGAGAGAGACGUUGUCGUGGAACUUCCAGAGGGAGAUCGACAAGAUGGAUUUUGCGGACGGCUGGUUCGCAGCAUGCAUGGGACUCGCGAUGCAUCAGCAAUUUGGCAGAGCAAUGCAAAUCAGGGUCUUGGUACACGGAGAUGAUUUCGUGGCACUUGCGGACGAUGCUGGUCACAAGUAUCCCGAGGAAGCAUUGCGAUCCAAGUUCGACCUGAGAGUUGGCGGAUCCAUUGGUUCUGGAGAACAGUAUCAGCAGCUCACUGUGUUGAAUCGCAUUGUCACGUAUCAUGAAGAUGGCACAAUCUCCUACGAAGCAGACCCAAGACAUGUAGAUCAGAUAAUCCGGGAUCUGGAGAUUGAAAACUGUAAACGAGCGAAAACACCUUAA